CCCAUGAGACACUUUCAGCAAAACACAGUUAGACAGCAGUCACGUUGUGUGCUUUCCCUGGAUAAAGGGAUGUGUUUUUCUCUGGACUGUUGUGGGUGGAUGCUUCUGUCGUCGAUUUUUGCUUUUAUCAAUGUAAUGUACUCAACCGUAAACACCACUACAACUCUUUACUACCAUCAAGGAGAUUCUGCAAAUAUCAGCUGCAACUACUUGCCACCAAAUGACACUGAUAUCAUUACAGUGGGACUUCAAAAAAAUAAUAAUGUAUUGUGUUCAUACAUGUACAUGCGUGUGAAGUCAUGGAUUAAUCAAUCAUGUGAUGAUCAUAUCAGAUUUAUUUGGAUUCCAAAGACUAAUGAAAUGUUAUUUGAGCUGUCAAAUCUUCAGAUAAAUAAUACUGGCACAUACAGCUGUACUGUCAAAAGAAUGGCACCACCACCUGAAGUGAUUCUUUGGGAAGAAAUAACAAUAGUUAAUGUUAUUGUGUCUCCUGUAUUGUUUCUGUCCUGUGUGAAGAAGUCUAAUGGAUCACUCAUGAUUGUCUGUAGCUCUGAUGGAUUUUACCCCGCUGCUCUUCAACAGCUAUGGAAGAGAGAUGGAGAAAUCAUCAAUAACUCAAACAACAAUGAGAUUUACAGCACAAAUACAGAUGGAUCUUUUACACACAAAUCUUACCUGGAGUUGCCAUCACAAAUGUUUAAUGAAACAAUCUUCACCUGCCGGAUAAACCACUCAUCCCUAAAUGAACCGAUCGAGGCAAAUUUAUCCAAUACUGCCUGUUAUGAAACAAGCGAUCUGGCUUUGACUGUGAUUGUGGGGUUUGUCGGAUCUGCUGUACUGAUUGUCUUUGUGGUUAUUGCAGUUAUCGCGGUCACAUGUAAAUGUUACAGAAGAGCAAAGCCACGGUCAGCUGUAGACGUUGGUGUCACACCAGAACCUGUUUUCCAGGCUAACAUGCAGUCUUUUGAAAUGUAUUCAUCAUUGGGCGAUCACCAUCCAGUACCAUGCAGCCGUAGCCCGAGUGGAGUCUUGUCACCUUUAAAUGCUGACUAAGACAUUUUACAAUGACAGGCCACCAAAGACUUUUAUAUCUCCUUCACUACCCUGAAAGCCUGCCAGCUUAUUUAAUGUGUAGAUAUAUAAUUUAAAUAUAUCAUGUAAAAUCCAAUUAGAUUUUUCUUUAAAAGUUGACUUGUUACUGUUACAAAAAACAAAUAAAAUACCUGUCUACAUUCAUGCUGUCACGUGUUAUAUUAUGAUUGAUAUAAAAACCAACACAAACAAAUAUAGCUAAAUGCAACUGUAACCUGUGUCCAACUAAGCAUGUGACCUGUGUGCUUACUUUGUUGUCAUUUUAAGAUAGUCAUUUCCUAUUUCACGUGCACGGUUUUCUAUAUGUGACCUACAUGAGCGUCUAGUUCACCUGCUUCAACACGUCUUCACAACUUCCUACACUGUGUGGUUAAAGUAGGCAGACCGCAUUGCUUCUUCACCACUUCACCCAAUUCGAAGAUGAUUCUCAUAAAAGAGGUCUUGACAUAAACAAUCGCUAGAAAAUGACAUCUGCAAGCCAUCUUAAUUUACAUACAACUCUCAAAUCGAUGUAUGUCUUCACUAAAGUAAAACUGUGCUUGUGGAGCUUUGCAACACACA